CAAAACAGGCUACACAUGUAUCCAUUUUAAGGAGAUAAGGGUAAACAGUUAUGAUUUGAUAUUUUAGGGAUGGAGGUCACAAAAACCUUUUUCUUUCUGAUUGGAAUAGGCAUUAUCAUAGCAGAUAUUCAAGAAGAUAACGAAGUAGCAAGAAGCACUCGUAAUGGUGACAUAAAGGGAUUGAGAACACUUGUUCCGGGUACCAAUGACAAAUAUGUGGACCAAUUCCGAAAAAUUCCAUAUGCCAUCCCACCAGUUGGACACUUAAGAUUUCAGAAACCUCAACCUUUUGGAAAGUGGGAGGGUACUCUAGAUGCAACAGAAUUUGGACGUUCAUGCAUGCAAGGUGAUUCUGCAUUUUUCGUUGAUGUUCCUAAUAAAGCAAAGUCAGAAGAUUGUUUAUUUUUGAAUAUUUAUAUUCCAAGUAACAUCAGUUCUGACGAAAGGCUCCCUGUUAUGGUGUGGAUUCACGGUGGAGCCUUUCUAUACGGACAAGGCAUGUUUUAUAAUGCUUCCAAUUUGGCGUCAGUUGGCAGAGUUAUUAUAGUCACUUUAAAUUAUCGUCUCGGAGUAUUUGGAUUUCUCACCUUAAACGAUCCUAUUGCUGGCGGAAACUAUGGUAUUAUGGAUCAAAUUCUGGCCCUUCAGUGGGUGAAAGAAAACAUAUUUUCAUUUGGUGGUGAUCCCGAUUCUGUUACUAUAUUUGGGGAGUCUGCGGGAGGAAUGAGUACAAGUUUGUUGUCCUUGAUACCUUCUAACCGUGAGUUAUUCCACAGAGUCAUCUCUCAAAGUGGUACUAGUAACAGUCCUGCUUUAAUGGUGGAAAACUCUUACUUUAUGUCUGAAUUAGUAGGUACCGCUGCAGGAUGCACGUCCUCGAGCAAGGAUAAAGAAUCUUUCUUGAACUGUAUGAAAAAACUCCCUGCAGAAACAAUACAGGGAACAUUUGAAAAGAUAAUGUCUUCUCAUACAGAAUUAAGCAUGGCCCUCGGAUUCGGUCCUGUUGUAGAUGGGAAUUUAUUUCCGGAUGAACCGGUUCAACUUUUAUCAGAUGCCUAUCCUAACCACCAUUAUUUUUUUCGGUCCUUAGACUUAAUGACAGGGAGUACUUCUGGAGAGGGAUCACUCCUUUUCAUUCAAAUGAGUAGUCCUCAGCUUCAAAGUCGUUUUAAUUACAAUGUUUCAGAGGGAUUGUCCAGAGACGUCUUGUGUAAAAUAGUUGCCCCAUCCCUAGUAAAAGCUCAUUUUAAAAAUAACCCGGAUGUUGUAAAUUUGAUUUGUGAUGAAUACAGUGUACAUCCAUCAAAAGGUCUUUCGGCUCAAAGUAUACGAACAACAGAUGUACACGGUGAUUUCUUCCUCACGGCUCCGACUAUUGAUACUGCAAAUAUCCAUUCCGAAAAGAACGGAAUAUCACACACCUUAGUGUAUAUGCUGUCACACAUUAAUCCAGUACAUAUAGGCCCCCCUUCACCCACGUGGUUCACGAAAAGUGUACAUGCAGAUGAAUUGAUGUAUCUCUUUGGUUUACAGAACUAUGAUGGCAUAAGUCAGGAGGACUUAGAACUGUCCAGGACUAUGAUGACCUACUGGGCAAAUUUUGCACGUUAUGGGAAUGUCAAUGAUGCAGAAGAAAAAUCGGUUCCAGUCUGGCCACUGUACAAUACAGACCACAAGCUUUACAUUGAUUUUGAUUCAGAAAUAACAGUUAAAAAUUCUCCUGCUGCACAGGCCCAUCAGUUCUGGUACAAGAAAGUGCCGAAUUAUGUGAAGUCGGAAAACCAUUCACAUGACCCCAGUGAAUUAUAAAACAAAAUCGAUCUCUAUGAAUACUUAAGUAAAGGAUGGUAUCUUUUUUAACCCAUAAGGCGUCGCUGAUAUACGUAUGUCAGAUACUUUUUUCCAUAAAGUGAACGCUCUCAACUUCAAGUCCUGUACAUAAACAUCCAAAGUUAAGAAGAAAAUAAGUAGACUUAUUAUUUAAGAUCACUUGUGAUAAUCAGUAUGUUCUGCAAAGACAUAA